ACAAUCAUCGAGAAUCAUAUAGAAAAUAUAAUUUUAGAGAGAUCAAGUAAAGAGGAGUUAAUAGCAGAUUUAUUAGAUCCUAAAGCUAAUGAUGAAAUUAGUGAUGAUAAAGAAAUUAGUAAUGAUGAUGAAGUUAAUAGUGAUGACUUUAAUAAAGAAGUUAGUAAUAAUGAAGAAAUCGAUGAUAAUAAUUUUGAAGAAAUUAAUGAUGAUAAUUUUGAAGAAAUUAGCAAUAAUAAUUUUGAAGAAAUUGGCAAAAAAAUUUUUAAUUAG